UGUAAUUCCAAAAGCAACACGUCCACCACCACCUUUAUCAUUUCCAAUAAAUCGUUCACCAAGUGUAGUAGUUGUUACUCCUACACCGAAAAAAAUUGAACAACAAAUUCCUAUUGUUUAUAGAAGUUAUAAUGGAAUAGAAACAAAUCAUUAUCAUUCACAUGAUAUUACAUCAAAUCCAGUACGUCAUAGAAAAAAAAUUAUUGUACAAAAAUCAAACAAACAAAAUGGAAAUAUUUAUAGUGAUCAUCCAUUAAUUUCAACACGAAGAAAUACAAUUCAUACUAAUGAAAUUGAUUUUGCUAUGAUUCGAGCAAUGAAAAGAUUUGAAAUUGAACGUGAUCUUCUCCUUCAAACAUGUGACACACUUGAUCGUGUUAAAGUAUUUUUAGCUGAUCGUCUUAUUGAAAUGAAGGAUAAACAACGUUCUUAUUGUCUUCAUUUAUCAACAGCAGAAACAACUGGUAUUGCACCAGAACCAAUUUAUAAUCGAGAUUUAGUUGCUGAUUUACUUAAAUUAGCAAAUACAGUUAUUGCUGAAGCUCAGUAUGAUUCUAAGAAAUCAUCUGAUCGUUCAUCAAGUUCAUUAUCAUCUUCAUCAUUCAAUGGAACAAAUAAUCAAUAUCAUCAACAAUUAAAAACAAAAAAUGAUCGUAUUAAACAAUUAGAAACAGAAAAACGUGUUUUAUUAAAAGAAUUAGUUGAGAUGAGACAUCAACAUAGAACAGUUAUUCCAGCAAAAAAUUGCUAA